AUGAGAUAUUUGGAAAUUCCGGCGAAUAUUUCCCGAGCAAGCAGCUGCGAGAGCACUCAAAGCACCACCAACAUCAUCCCCUCAUCCUUCGCCCGCUCCACCUCCUACGUCGACAUCUCCGACCUAGACUACGCGGAGGAGCUCUACCACCGCACCGUCGUCCACGGCGGCGACACUCCGAGCGCCGCCGCCGCCACCGCCGCCUUCCGCCGCCUGGACAGAAUCCGCGGCGGCCGCAGCGCCGUCGCCUCCUUCCUCCGAUCCCUCCUCUCCAUAAUCACAUUCCCCUCCCUCCUCCCCUCCUGCCGCCGCCCGAUCACCUCCCCCGGCAUCACCCCCUCCCUCGGCCGGAAGGUCACCGGAACCCUAUUCGGCCGGCGCCGCGGCAACGUCAGCUUCGCCGUCCAGUACGAUCCGAGAUCCGUCCCAGUUUUCCUGGUAGAAUUCGCCGUCUCCACCGCCGCGCUGGUGAAGGAGAUGUCGGCGGGGAUGCUGAGGAUCGCGCUGGAGUGCGAGAAGCCUCCGGAAGAAUCGCGGCGGCGGAGAUCGGAGUCGCGGCUGUUCGGGGAGCCGGUGUGGAAGAUGUACUGCAACGGGAGGCAGUGCGGGCACGCGCAGGUGCGCGAGUGCAAUGAGUCGGAUUGGCACGUGCUGAGCACGGUGCAGAGGGUUUCGGUGGGGGCAGGGGUGAUCCCGGUGGGGGAGGAUUGGGGGAAAGCGGCGGAGAAGGGCGAGCUGGUUUAUAUGCGGGGGCGGUUCGAGCGGGUGGUGGGGAACCGGGACUCGGAGGCGUUUUAUAUGUUGAACCCGGAUGGGAAUAGCGGACCGGAGCUCGGGAUUUUCUUGCUUAGGAUUUGA